UAAAACAACGCACGACCCAUUUGGUUCCUUCUUUCUUCCUGCAUCCCUACCUCUCCCCUCCUGCAUAACUUUCUUCUUUCCUUGCCAAACAACAGCUUAACACUGCAAGGAGGAAGUUAACUCAAUUCUUACGCUUACGCACGUGAAUCUAGGCCUCUGAUUAAUUAAGUCGUGGCUACUGGAUUGGCACGCACGAGAACAUGCCGUGGAAAUUGUCUGUGUUGGCGCAUGGGCUAACUCCAUUAGGUACUGCCUGAUAUAAGCCGUCAGUAUGGUCAAAUAGACAUGCAGGCAGGCAGUGAGUGGACGCGCAGUUCAGCAAGAUGUUCGCGACAGCAAGUGUCCUGGUGGCCGCCAUCUUGACGUGUGCAGCAGUUACGGGUCUGUCACCUCCUGGACCAGUGUUGGAAGAGCCGGAGCUGAAGAGCGUGAUUGUGGCAGCGCAGGACUCUCUUCGGAAGACGUUUUCGGAGCUAGAGUCAGCUGCUGACAGCGCCAUGACGUCGGCACGGGAAGUGCUGGAGUCAACGACACUGCAAGCCAACCACACAGUGCUGGAAUCGCAGGCUUCACUUCAGGAUCUGCUGGAGUCCAUCACCACGACGAUUGCCACCGCUGUGUACAAUGCAAGGAAACUUGGCGCCAACAUUACGUCAUGCAUCUCAGGGCAGGAGGAGGCGGCGAGGUCUGUCGUCAAGCAGACGGGUAGCUCAGUUGUUGGCUGUGUUGCCGAAGAGAUCAAGAAGGCUGUGGACCUUGCUACAAACAUGUUCGGCAUUGCGACCUCUGCCAAGAACAUGCUUGACUACGCCCCCAGGGAGUUCCACGGAUGUCUUCCGUCCUUCACCCCGACAGUUGAAGAAAUCGUGAUGAUCCCAUCAUGCAUCGGCGCAGAGAUCAGCGCCUUCAGUUCUGAAGCCGUGAAGAUCGCUAAAACUCUGGCGUCAUAUCUGGCCGAAGGAAGGGACAUCAUAGAAACGCUUGGAAAGGACCUGAAAGAGUGUUCUGAGGCACGAAUCGAAGUGGGGACCCGGAAAGUGCGACAAAUUGAACACAACAUCGUGGUCUGCGUCCAGCAACAGCUCAGUGCUGCCACCUCUGGUUGAAGCCUGUAACUAUGUUAGUACCAGUAACACUUGUAGCCAAAAAAUAAAUG